AUGGCGACUUCUGCUAUGUUUAUACUGGAUCUGAAGGGAAAAACAAUAAUUUCCCGAAACUAUCGAGGUGACGUAGACAUGACGGCGAUCGAUAAAUUCAUCACUCUUCUUAUGGAGAAGGAGGAAGAAGGGUCGGCGGCACCAGUGUUGACUUAUCAGGACACGAAUUUCGUAUUCAUCAAGCAUACCAAUAUAUAUUUGGUAUCAGCAUGCCGUUCGAAUGUCAACGUAACGAUGAUUCUUUCAUUUCUAUACAAAUGUGUCGAAGUUUUCGCCGAAUAUUUCAAAGAUGUCGAAGAGGAAUCAAUUCGGGAUAACUUUGUUGUAAUUUACGAGCUACUUGAUGAAAUGAUGGAUUUCGGAUUUCCCCAGACUACUGAAAGCCGUAUAUUGCAAGAAUAUAUUACUCAAGAAGGUCAAAAACUCGUGUCUGCUCCACGUCCACCUAUGGCUGUGACAAAUGCAGUUUCAUGGAGAUCUGAAGGAAUAAAAUAUCGGAAAAACGAAGUAUUUUUGGAUGUCAUUGAAAGUGUCAACAUGUUGGCAUCAGCCAACGGAACAGUGCUUCAAUCUGAAAUUGUUGGAAGUGUUAAAAUGAGAGUUUAUUUGACUGGAAUGCCGGAGCUACGGCUUGGAUUGAAUGAUAAAGUUCUGUUCGAAGGAAGUGGAAGAGGGAAAAGCAAGUCUGUGGAGUUGGAAGACGUCAAGUUCCAUCAAUGUGUUCGUUUGUCUCGAUUCGAUACCGAUAGGACGAUCUCUUUCAUUCCGCCGGAUGGAGCUUUCGAAUUAAUGAGUUAUAGAUUAACGACCGUUGUGAAGCCAUUGAUCUGGAUUGAGACAAGUAUUGAACGGCAUAGUCAUUCGAGAGUUUCAUUCAUUAUCAAGGCCAAGUCUCAAUUCAAACGUCGCUCGACAGCUAAUAAUGUAGAGAUUAUCAUUCCGGUUCCAUCAGAUGCCGACUCUCCAAAAUUCAAGACGAGCAUCGGAUCCGUGAAAUAUACACCAGAACAAAGCGCAUUCGUGUGGACGAUUAAAAGUUUCCCUGGUGGAAAAGAAUAUCUUCUCACUGCGCAUCUAUCUCUGCCGUCUGUAAUGAGUGAAGAAUCUGAAGGACGACCACCCAUCAAAGUGAAAUUCGAAAUUCCGUAUUUUACCACUUCUGGAAUUCAGGUCCGCUACCUCAAAAUUAUCGAGAAAAGUGGUUAUCAAGCACUCCCAUGGGUUCGAUAUAUCACUCAGAACGGAGAAUACGAGAUGAGAAUGAAGUAA